AUGAAUUUCAAGGAUACACAUGAAGAACCUGGAAAAAUUGAGAAAAUAUUUGAAAGUCUUGAUAUCGAAAGUUUUGCAGAAAAGCUUGGUCUAUACCAAUUUACGAAGAUCAAAGACGAUUUGAAAAAGUUUUAUGACUUCGCAGGCUCUGAUUUUACCUGGCCUUCAACAAUGGAUGCACAAGAACGCUGCGUUGUCUUCGAUUACAUUACCGAUCCUGAAUGGUCUGAAGGGGGUGUUGGGAGAGAGCUCGCAACAAAUACUAUUGCGUAUCGUAAAUUUCUCGAAUCUAAAACGCUCGAUCCGUCUAAAGGAACACAUGUUUUACUUGUUCACGGACAGAUAAAGCGUUACGGACAAGAAAUAUCAGCAAAUGAAUACGAUGAACUCGUAGGGCAAGGAUUUAUCUACGCACCAAUUAUCGAAACAAUGUCUGACAGCGUAACAGAAAAAUGA